CUCUUGUGAGAAUAAAGUCAAGAGAACUGACAACAGGAAAUGGACCUCCAGAACUCUGAAGGUUUUAGGAACAUCGGAAAAGGCCACGUCACCGCCUGGUGGUCCACUGCAUUUGGCUGAGGACAGCAGAUGCUGUGAAGCAGAGUCCGAAGAAAAAAGCUCUUGUGAGAAUAAAGUCAAGAGAUCUGGCAACAGGAAAUGGACCUCCAGAAUUCUGAAGGUUUUAGGAACAUCGGAAAAGGCCACGUCACCGCCUGGUGGUCCACUGCAAUUGGUUGAGGACAGCAGAUGCUGUGAAACAGAGUUGGAAGAAAAAAGUUGGAACUCCAGCUCUUGGGAAAAUGAAGGCAAGAGAAAUGAAAACUGGAAAAGGUCCUCCAAAGCCCCAACAGUUCUCGGAAUGUCGGAAAAGGCCAAGUCACCUCAUGGUCGUCCACUGCAAUUGCCUGAGGUCAAAAGAUUCUGUGAAACAGAUUCAGAAGAAAAAUGCACUUAUGAAAAUAAAUGUAAGAAAAAUGAAUACAAGAAACGGACCUCCAAAACGUCGAUGGAUUUAGGAACGACGGAAAAGGCCAAGUCACCACCUGGUGGUCCACUGCAAUUGACUGAAGUCAAAAGAUUCUGUGAAACAGAUUCAGAAGAAGAAAGCAGUUCCAGGAAAUCUAAUAUUGAUGAUUCAUGGCCUACCUCAGAUGACGACUUCAUAGGUCUCGAUACCAAG